UUCGGAUAUCUCUUACUGCGGUUUCCGUUUUGUCUGCCAGCCCUCUUGUCUGCUGAGGAAACUUGCGUGCUGGCUUGUGAGCCAGCAUGCUGUCUGUCCUUCACAGCAUACACGAUUUACAUGCCUCGGGCUGGGAGGCUUUUGACUUCAGGCCCUGGACGAGGUUUCCUCUGGAGAGAGCAGCUGCCCAGCGACCUGCUCCCCGGCGGCUGACUCUGCCCGGGCCGCAGCCCCCGGCUCCCUCAGCCCCCGACUCCACUGAGAUGUUUCUCUCCAGACCGAGGGCCACGAACAGGAAGCCGGGCCCGCUGCCCACCUGCCCCAACGUCCUCACCCCCGACCGGAUCCCCAAGUUUUUCAUCCCCCCCAAACUCUCCACCCUGUAUGGUAGAGCCCCGGGCGGGAGCCCCGGUUCCCAGCAGAGCCCCCAAGGGACCGGGAGCCCGGAGACACACAGGGCUCUGAGCAGAGCUGCCGAUCGGCGUGUCACCCACGCGCCGAGCCUGCACCAGGACCCUGUGGCCAGGGCAGAGGGUGAGGCUGGCCAGCAGCUCCCCCCUGCCUGCUCCAUGCCCCACCUCGUCAGCCCAGGGGGUUUCCCCCUCCUGCCCGAGAGCCCCCACACGCGCCGAAGGGAGUCCCUCUUUCACACCACGUGCCCACCCCACCGCAUCUCCCUCGAUCUCUCCCCCGAGCCCGGCGCCAGGCUCCUGCCCCCAGAGCUGCGGCCCUGGCGGCCCGUCUCCCAGCCCCACGCCUUGGACAGCGACACGGCCUCCUCUGCGGGUUCCUCGCCCUUCAGCUCUCCGGUGCUGGGGCACUCGCUGGCCUGCCAGGCCCACUGGGGCCGGCCCCUCUGCAGCCGCACCCUGGAUGCCCAGGCCGGGGGCCGGGCCAGCUCGCUGUCUGCCGAGGAAGCCAGCUCUACGGACGAGAGCCCCAGCUUCCCACGCCGACAGGCUGAGCCCAGCUGGGGGGCAGGGGCCAGGCUGGUCCCCCCACCCUUCUACCCUUUGGACUUCAUCUGCCGCCCCCCGCGGGUGGCCCAGGAGAACACGGUGGCGCUGAGCCGAGGCGGGUGCCUGCGCCUCUCCUCCGAGUACGUCCCGGCCAGCUGGCGCCUGCACGUCCGGCUGGUCAGUGCCGAGGGGCUCUACCCGCGGCCCUGCGACCCCCGGCGCGUCGGCUGCUGCGUGGCCCUGCAGCUGCGACCCGGCAAGGCGCCGAAGCAGCGCAGCGCCGUGGUCAAGAGGAGCCGGAGCCCCAUCUUCAAUGAGGACUUCUUCUUCGAGGGCCUGGCGCCCCACGAGCUGCCCGCCCACCGCCUCCGGCUCCAGGCGCUCAACAAGGGCUGGGGCGUGAGGCGGGACGCCGUGCUGGGCGAGGCCGAGGUCCCGCUGCCUGCCCUGCUGCCCCCCUAGGGGCCUGGGAGGAAGGAGAAUCAGAGAGCCACGUUUCGGGGGGCUGGAGGACCUAUGGCUACUGCCCAGCAACCCCCCCAGCCCUCCCCAAAAUGACCGGGCUGCCCCAGCCCCGGAUGGACAAGGGCUUGGCGUCCCCAUGCCCCUGGCCCACCAGGUGUGGGGCGCUCGGCAGGGGGGAGCGCUGGCCCCCAGGCUCUCUGUGCAGGGGGCGCUGGCUGCCUGGCGCCCAGCGAACUGUUGGUUUAUUUUUUGAUAAUAAAAAGGAGCCUGUGCUGCAUGGGAUCCCGGCUGUGGCUGCGUGUGGGGGCGCCGGCUGCAGCAGGGAGAGGGCCAGGCCUUCAUGGAGAGAGUGUGUGGCGUGAGCCACCCUUUGCCCAGCCCCUUAUCUCCUCCCAUUGCCUCCCCUCCCCUGCUCUGACUCCAGCAGUUUCUCUCCACCUGGCAAUGUGGGGAGGUGUCUCGCUCUGCCCGCAACAUGCACCACCUCUGGAUCCGGUUCCUGCUGCAGGGAGGGGGGAGGAGACACGCCAGCUGAGUUUGCAAAUAGGAGAAGAGAAAGCUGACAGCCAGCCAGCCAGCUGCCUCCUCCUGCCCCGGGGCUCUGAGCUGUGGGACAGCACAGCCGCUCCGGCAGGGGUCUGAACCUGUAGCCUCCAGUACUACACUCAGGAGGCCCCUACUGCUCACACUAUAGGUGGAGCUCUAGCAACAGCUCGCAGUAGUAGGUUCUUACCCUCUUCUGUGAAUCAGCCACAAGAGGGCAACACAACUCACAUUGCAGGUGCCACAAGGGUAGAAAGCAACAGCCUCCU